AUGAAAUUCGGAAAAUACAUUCAGGAGCGCAUGCACUUACUUCCUGAAGAUUGGAAGAAUAAUUGUAUCGAUUAUAUCGGUCUAAAAGCCGACAUAAAAGCCAACAUCACUCCAAAUAAUUUGAAGCUCGAAUUAUCCCAAAUAGCAUGGAGGCCACAAAAUGAAGAUCAAGUUGACUUCAUUCAGCUCGUUUUCGGGCGGAUGGGUUCGCUUCAGGUGAAAUCAAAGGAAUUUCUGGUGAAGUUGGAUUCCGAAGUCCAAAAGGUUUCCGAUUUUUUCGUGGCCCAAACUUCUUCUCUUGUGACUCUGUACAAGAAGAAUGAGUCAAAUUACGCUAAUGAACAUGACCUUGCCAACUUAUUACAAUCGAUCGUUAAAUUGGAGAAAUUUGUUUUCCUCAAUUAUACUGGGCUG